AUGGAUCCAUGUAAACAUAUCCUGCCUCUUCGCCACGACAAGAAAAAUAACAAUAUGCUGCACUUGGCGGGGAGACUGGCACCUCCAAGCAAACUAAAUCUUAUUCCUGGUGCAGCACUUCAAAUGCAACAUGAGUUGCAAUGGUUUAAGGAAGUCGAGAAAUUUGUGAUACCCAAAAAUAAAUUGGAGGAAAACAACGAUGGAGAAAUUCCUGCAAUGCUAUUUAAUAAAGAACACAAAGCCCUAGUAAGUGGAGGAGAGAAAUGGAUGAAAGCUACAGCAAAUUCAUGCACAAUUGUGGCAUCCCUGAUUUCCACCAUAGCGUUUGCAGCUGCAAUCACUGGUCCCGGCGGCAAUGAGGACAGUACUGGCCUCUCGAUUUUCAUUAAAAAAACUGCAUUCAUCAUCUUUACCAUUUCAAAUGCAUUGUCUUUAUUCACAUCUGCCACUUCUCUAUUGAUGUUCUUGUCCAUCCUGACUUCACGCUAUGAAGAAAAUGAUUUUCUUUAUGUUCUUCCCAAGAGGCUAAUAAUUGGUCUCGUCACCUUGUUUCUCUCCAUAACAACCAUGAUGGUAGCCUACACUGCUACCCUCCAUCUUGGGGCAAACAAAUGCAAGGAAUGGAUACUAAUUCCUACAGUAGCAGUAGCUAGUGUUCCAAUUUAUAUUUUCACGUCCUUGCAGUUUCCCCUCCUCUUGGAUCUAAUCUGUUCAACAUACGGUACCAUUUUUGGCAAGAAAAAUGGUCGCCCCAUUUUCCUAGCCCUAACAAAAGAUAGUCUAGGCUUUAAAUCCUCCAUCCCCAAUUAUUGGGCCGAGCUCAUUGAUUAG